AUGUCACAUCGGAGCAUCGACCCGCCUUUCCGUGAAUUGCUUGCCAUUCAUCGCGCCAUCGGGCGCAUUCUUCACCUAAGCGCAGCCGGCGACUACAUUGACGAGUUCCUUCGGGAUAUGGAGGAAAUGGAGGGCGGUGAGGUUAUGGCGAACGGGUCUACACGUCUUGAGGACUAUGUGCUCUUCAAACUGGCCGGCACUUGCUGGCUUGAUGAAACGUCUGCUGUUAAACAGCAUUAG